AUGACUGAUAUGGAAAGAAGAUGGGAUGACGAUGAUGAUGACUCUCAUCAUAGAUCACGAUACAAUGGUACAAAACAAGAGAGUAAUAAUAAUAGUAUCAAUAAUAAUAAUAAUAGUAGCGGUAGUAGCAACAGUAAUAAUGGUAAUGGAAGUAAUGGUGGUGGUAAUAAGGAUGAAGACGAUGAACCUGUCGAUGAGUUUGGUCGUCCAUUGAGACCAGGCAGAGAGAGUUCAGAUAGUGAUAGCGAUCAUGACUAUCGAUACAGAAGACGUUCCAGAGGUGACCGACGUGACAAUAGAUACUCACCGGACAACAAUCGUGGUGGUGGUGGUGGUAGCGGAGGUAGCGGCAACAGAAAGCGUGAUCACUCCCCGUCAUCGAUGAACGGUCCCGACAAGCGAACCAGAGGAGAUACCUCUCCAAGAGAUAACUAUAGAGAUAGAAGAAGAAGAGAUGAUUGGAAUGAUAGAUCAAAUGAUUACAAUGGUAGACAGUUGAAUAGUUCGAAUAAUUCACGAAACAAUGGAAGAGGCGAUGAGAGAUCGCUUUCUCCAAGUAAAUCGUCGCAACAACAGCAACAGUCGAAUACAGGCAGUACAGGUAUGAGAAGACCAAAGAGAGGCGAUAUUUUCGAAGGCGGAGUAUUUAAAACCUAUAAACAGUUCCUCGACUAUCAGGAUGAUUCGAUAACACCAACUGAUGCCGAAAAGAAAUACGAGGAGUACAAAUUAGAGUUUUCAAAGAGACAGGCACGUGUAUUCUUCAAGGAUCACCAGACCGAAGAAUGGUUCCGAGAGAAAUACGAUCCUGUAUUUUUAAAGAAGAAAAAGCUGGAAAAGAUGGAGUUUGCAAAAACUAGAGUACCAGCUUUCAUUACAAUGUUAGAUGAUGAAAACUUUAAUUUCAAUCUCACUGCAAAGGAUAAUAUUAAGGACAGUGAAAAGUUGGUAAAUAGUGAAGGCAUGGAGAUUGAACAUGAUGACACUAAUGAACAUGAACACACCGAUAGUGAGCAUCAUCACGAUGGAGAGGAGAAAACAAAUAGCAAUAAUUCAUCUAGUGAUAGUACAACUACUACAACAACAACAUCAUCAUCAACAUCAUCAAACAACACCAAUAACUCUGCUGCUUCAGCAGCCAACAAGACACUAUUUAUUAAAGCAAUAUCACCGACUUGUACAAAAGAUGAUUUACUAGAGGUUCUCAACAAGGUUGGCACUGAAGAAGAGCCAGUCGUAGUCACCAAACUCACACUUUCUGAACCAAUGAAAUAUAAGAACUUCUACCGUCUUGGAUGGGUUACCUUUAAAACCAGCGAGUAUUCGAUGAAAGCUCUAAAAGAAUUAAAUGGUACCAAGGUACCCAUUGAUACACAGAAAAAGUUUAGAAUUACACCAAAGAUUGCUUCGACAGAACAGAGAAUCAGUGUGGAUCUCAAACAAGCAACCGAGAUUGCCAAGAAUUUGGAUGUCGAUCGUGAUAUUUCAAACAAUCCUUUGUGGACAGAUCAGAUUGAAUCACUCUCAGAGAUGGACAGACUCGAUAGAACCAUUCACUAUUUGCGUUAUGUCCAUUUGUUUUGUUAUUAUUGUUCAGAGGAGUACGCCGAUGUAGAUGAAAUCGAAAGAAAAUGUGGUUCAGUACAUCUCAGAAGACCAAUCGGAGCUGAAGAUACAACCACAAUCACCGCCCCCAAACCAAGAUCAGAGGAAAUGUCUGACGAAAUCACCAAUGAAUCAAACAACAACAAUAAUGAACAACAAGACCAAACCAUGGAUAUUGAUCAAAAACCAUCAGAGGAAAAUACAUGGGUAACUAAUUUAGAUAAUAAUAUUAAAGCUAAAAUCGUCAAAAUCAAUAAUCAAGAGCAAUAUGAAUAUACACAAGCCAUUGCAAAGAGUGCAGAGGAAUUUAUUCAAAUCAAUACAUUUAAAAUGGAGGAGGAAAAGUACAGAUGUUCUUUGUGUUGCAAAUUGUUUAAGGGAUCCGAGUAUGUCAAGAAACAUAUCAAUCUUAAGCACCCCGAGGAACUUAAAGAGGAUUCACACAAGAAAGGAACGGAGGAACAAUUCUUUUUAAAUUAUUUCUCUGAUCCCAGGAGAAUGAUUCCACCAACCCAACAGCAAUUGCUGUACUACCAGAAUCCACGUGGUAUGAUGGCUGGAAUGACACCUAGACCACGUUGGAACCCCACCCUAGGCACCUGGGAGCAACAGAUGGUCAUGCCUCAGAUGAUACCAGCUAUGAUCCCAUCGACACCACCAAUGGCAAUGGGAGGUCAGAUCUAUCCAGUAUCGCCACUGUUUAGCAGUCCCAAUGUAAGAGGACGCGGACUUCCACUUCCAAUGCCCGUGCCAAUGAGAAGAGGUGCAUACCCACAACAGGUAGGAGGACCACCCAACCAAGCGAGCGUGAUACCAUCACCAUCACAAAAUGUUCGUUAUCGUCCAUACCCAUCUGCCGUGCCUCAGCAAAGAACCUCUGUACCUCUUCCUCCUGCUGAUCCAAGAGGAAUCAGAGAAUACGUUGACCUAGAUGCAGCCCCAACCGGUGCCAUGCCAGAGAUUGACUACACAGCCGCAUUAAAACAAUUUCAAAGUAAAAGAGCAAAUCAAUAA